CUAUCGGUCCCCGUCAUUUAUGUGUCCACACUCAAACGAACUCAGUUUUAUUAUUGCAAUUCUUCGAAGUAAGAUUGGUGUGUCCAACUGAACUGAUGACGCAAAAAGAAAUGGAGAAAGAAGCAAUAAAGGAAGCAUCCGUAGAAGUAUCUCGCGAGUUUAAAACCCUAAUCGACUCUCAACAUUUGGAUUCCCUCAAGCAAAUGCAGAAUCUCAUAUUGGGAAGGUUACAAGACAGCAAUGCUGUUCUGUCACAUUUUAACGAGUACUCAGAAAACUGCUUUGCGGAGGUUUCUGGAGAUUUUUCUAGAAAUACACGAGUAUUGAAGUCUAUGAAAACAGAUCUUGACUAUGUUUUUCUGAAGCUAAGGAGCAUGAAGUCGAGGAUCUUGGCUACCUAUCCAGAUGCAUUUCCAAAUGAUUCAGAAAGAGAAGUACUAGACCGAAGACCAGACUUGGAAACACCUCAGUAAUGCGCCAAAGUCCUAGACUACAUGUUAUAAUAAGAGACCUCUUGGAUUGUAAAAUAUAGGUGAAACCAUGUAACUCUUUGCACGCCUUUAUAAUUCUGUUCACGGUUCUUAACAAGUUGUGAGUUUUCUUGGUCUAUCUAAUAUAUAAUUUUGGUUGGGAAA